ACUGCUCCACUGAUACAAUAAUAAUGAUGCUCUGCUCUUCUCUUCCUUAAAUUAAAUUUAUCCGGUGAGACUCUCAACAAGAAGACAUGUACUCCAGUUGAGGAGCUUUAAUAACCAUACCAGGUUGAAAUUUGAUUAUGGCAACUGAUAUACGGGAAGAGUUAAGGAGAAUGCAGAAUGUUAUUCUUCGAUUAUCCGCGGAAGUAGGUGGAAAGAAUCAAAAAUUGGGGGUCAUGGAAAAAAAAUUGGAAGACGGUUCGGAAUCCCUUAGUAGAAUGACUGAAGAGGUAGAUCACCUAGAUCAAGCUUAUAAUGAAGAAAAGAGAAAAACGAAGAGGACUAUGCUUGAAAAUGAAAGGUUGAUGAGAGGGUUAGAAACUCAAAGGAAAGAAAUCGAGCAGCAGGCUAAGGAAAUCAAGAAGCGUGACGCCCAAUUGGAUUUUAAAAGCAAGCAAAUUCUUGUUUUAAGAAUGCUAAACACUGCUACACAGGCUCCGACAAAGAUAAACACUGAGCAAGGCAAGCAUGAAGGAGUGAAAAACAUGAGUGGUGCGGACAAGGUUCAAGUCCAAAUUGCUGCGAAUGGUCUGCACAAUGAACUGGAAGAGAAAGAGUGUGGAUUGGAUAAUGAGCUUAGCCGGAAGCAAACCUUCGUCAAGAAAGAGCACAGGAGUAACCAUGAUCUACAGGAGGCGCCCAAAGUUUCAAUCGAGGAAGUUACAAAGGAAGAUGAUGAAAAAUCGGUAGAGGUGUUAACUGAUUGGAGCAUGAAAGAUUUCGAAGACUCUGGAGAAGAAGAGUGCAAUUCCUUUGAAGAUAUGGUUCCUCCAAUCCCACCGCCAGAAUCUUUGGUUGAACCGUGCAAUGAUAUGCCGAACAACAGCUCAGUUAUUUCCCGUGUACUCCCUGUUCCGGAUGAUGAAAUUGCUGAAUUGGAAUGGUCAUCAACCUUUGUUGAGGAUUCAUUUUCAGAUGGAGGCAUUUCUCUGGACAAAGACUUCUGUAACAACAGUAAGAAGGUUGACUCCUGUCGGCUCCGUAGAUCGAACCGAGUUUUGGUCCGUAAGAAUAGCAGCUCUUGCUCUGGUGGAAUGACAAUGCCUCUCAGUCCUGGCACUGCUGUUCUUGAAUGUGUAGGGAGCAAGCGCCCACAAUCAGCAAUUUUCAGUCAACAACCCACUUCAAAUUUAACCUCUCUUAAAUCAUGCAACAUUAACGUCGAAAACCAACCAAUGCCCAACUCCUAUAUAUCUUCCGAAUCAGAGUAUUUCGCAGAAUCCCAUCCACCAUAUACACCCAAUGUUAAUGGAAAAGAACAGAAGAAGAUGGAGAAGGGAAAAAAGAAAAGAAAACAGCAGCUGCCUGGUAAAUGCUCGCAUUGUGCGACAACAAAGACCUCACAAUGGAGAGAAGGUCCAAUGGGUCGCGGAACCCUCUGUAACGCUUGUGGCGUUCGUUACAGGACAGGGAGGCUCUUCCCUGAAUACCGUCCUAAAGCGAGUCCAACAUUUGUAGCUUCAAUACACUCCAGCCAUCACAAGAAGGUCCUGGAAAUGAGGGUCAAAGGUACACCUGCCGUAUGAGUUCAGCUCCAGCAUUCUUGCUAACUAGAAACACCCAUAUGCUUUAUUGCAUAUACAUAGGAAAUAGACAUACUUGAAGUUUCGUUUUUUCAUUUAAGCCUUCGCUUUUUCGUUAUGUUAUUUUGGAUGUUGUAUAAAGUUGGGGGCGGAGAGGCGGACAGGAGAAAUACAUGACAAACAAUAUGUUAGCUGCUAGAGAUAAAGAUAACUUAAGAAGGUUGAGGUUUAGGCUCUUUUAUUUGGUUUAUUUCAUAGAACUUAUAGGCAUUGGAAGCUUUAAAUUGAAACGCUCUAAAAAUGUUAUUUUUCAGGUAUUUGAAAUGCAGAAUAGAUGGAUAAUAAUAGUUUUACUUAGACAUAA